CAUUGACAGUUCCUCUUUCAUGAUUUAAAACUUCUUCUGACAGGAGCUCGUAUGAGCCAUUUUCCUUGCUCCAUUUAUAGAUUGGGUGUAGGCUGGCCACCGUUAAGGGGUUAUGGCAGGAGGAAGAUAUUCUGAUAAAAUACAUCCUGCUCUCCAGUACAUUCCUCUUCAGCAACUGGCCUCUCUGACUGCCCAUUUCUGCUGUAGACAUAGAGGCAUAGGUGGGUGGCCACUCUCAUUUCUUUGUUCUUUAACACACACACACACACACACACACACACACACACACACACACACACACACACACACACACAAAAGUGCAUGCAUAUGCCACCCUGAGGUAUCUGGGAACCAAGGGUAUGUUUGGGUGGUGGUAGCUAGAGGAGGUGAGUUAAGAUAGUCCUGGAAGUCCCCCAGUACCAGUAUGAGUCACACUGAGAAUUGGCAAGUGACACUGCGGUGGGAUGGCUAAUCUGUUUUCUGUUUUGUAUGGAUGAUGCCAGACUGAAUUCUUUUUAAAGUUACUACUGUGUGUAUGGGUCUUGUGCCUGAGAGUAUGUCUGUGAACCACAUGUAUGCCUGGUGCCCAAGAAGUCCUGAGGAAGGCAUUGGAUUCCCUGUAACUGUAGUUAUAGAUGGUUUUGAGUUAUCAUGUGGGUGCUGGGAAUAGAAUCCAGGUCCACUGGAAGAACAUUCAGUGCUUUUAACUGCUGAGCUAUCUUUUCAGCUCCAGACUGAAAUAUUGUACUUACUUUCCCCUAACACUUUGUGGUAUGUGGGUAUUUUAAAGAGUUAAUAUUUAAUUUAUGUGUAUGGGUGUACUGGCUAUUUUUGUGUCAACUUGACACAGCUGGAGUUAUCACAGAGAAAGGAGCUUCAGUUGAGGAAAUGCCUCCAUGAGAUCCAACUGUAAGGCAUUUUCUCAAUUAGUGAUCAAGGGGGAAAGGCCCCUUGUGGGUGGGACCAUCUCUGGGCUGGUAGUCUUGGUUCUAUAAGAAAGCAGGCUGAGCAAGCCAGGUGAGGCAAGCCAGUAAAGAACAUCCCUCCAUGGCUUCUGCAUCAGCUCCUGCUCCCUGACCUGCUUGAGUUCCAGUCCUGACUUCCUUUCGUGAUGAACAGCAGCAUGGAAGUGUAAGCCGAAUAAACCCUUUCCUCCCCAACUUGCUUCUUGGUCAUGAUGUUUGUGCAGGAAUAGAAACCCUGACUAAGACAAUGGGUAUUGUAUGUAUGUGUACCAAGUUACCUUUGCCUGCAGAGGACAGCAGAGGCUAUCCAGUCCCCUGGAACUGUGGUUGCAGAUAGCUGUUAGCUACCAUGCAAGAGCAGGGAGCAGAGCCAGGACCUCUGCUAGAGCAGCCAGUGCUCUUAAGUGCUGAGCCAUCUCUCCAGCCCCGUGGUGGAGUCAGUGCACAGAAUUACAUGGUGGGAGGAGGAAUCUACUAUGUUAGUUAUCAUUUACCUACAGGACAGUCUUCCAGUUUCAGGUGCACAGUUUGGUAUGUCAUGUCUAUCAUUAUUGUUUCUUUCUUUCCCUCUGCUGUCAGUCCUCCACCCCUAAGACAUCUCUCUCAUAAGUCAACCUGACUUAAUUAUCACUGUAUCCAUGCUUCUGUGCAAGUGCUUAUGUGCACUCUUAAGCCUUUAGGGGAGAGCAUAUAUGGUUUGCUUUCAAAUAUUUUACUGUAUUUUGGUACUGUUACUGGCAAGAGAAGGAGGUGUCAGGGAUUUGGGGUUGAACAAGACUUUAUAUUAUUUGUGGUGAGAAAUGAUUUGUUGCAAUCUGUAGCUGUUGGCAGUUUUUCUACUUCAUGGUUCUCACCACAAGAGCUAGGUCUUUCUAGGUACAGUGAAUUCAUGAAUCCACUUUCUUUCACUUGUUAACUAAGGCUUUCAUUUGUGUCUGACUGAGGCUGAAGGAAAGCCUACAGUUUGCCUUCCACAUAGCUGGCUGGUUCGAUAGUGACAAGGCCUUGCCUCCAUGUCCAGCUAGUUAGAGCUAUAGUAGUAUACAAACCUAGAAUACAGGUUUUAAUCACAUCUGUCGGUCGAUUAAAAAUAUUAACUAAGACAGUUUUUUAAAAAUUUAAGUGUUUAAUGUUAAUCUUUGACUGGCUGACUUUCAUUCUUGUGAAAUUCCAAUAAUCUGACCUUUGAGGCUUGCUGAAAUAGCAAUACUUCAGACAAACUUAUCCUUUCAGAGCUGAAAUUCCUUUAUUUUAAAUGUGUGAAUUUGAAUUAAGUGCAGUGUGGGUGUGUGUAUGUAAAUGAUCAUGCAAGUUUAUUGAUGCAGGUUUUAAACAGUAGGGGAAAGGGUACUCCUCACCCCAAGUGACCCUGCUAUUAGAAGUUAACCAUGGUCGAGAAGUUUGACUGCAGCUUUAAGAAAUAAAUGGAUAAUUUAUAAACAGUAUUGAUAUUGCUCCAUACCAAGUGAAACAGCUAACACAAGUCAGUAUACAUUGCUAUAGCUGUCCUCAGCACCAGCAGAGAGGAUCUCAGAAGGGAGAUGGGGAGAACCUGUCUUAGAUUCUUCUGGCCUUCCUGUUUCAGACUGAGGAGCAGGGUCCCACAACAUCAUAGAUUUCAUUGUGUUGUCAGAAUCUCUUCCUUCAUCUGCAUCUCGGCCACUGAAUCAUUCAUUAUUAAUGACUGUUAUCUUCAAACUGAAAUGUAUCAUCAUGGAGAGAAAGGAACACCAAAUGCGUAAUUCCUGGAGAGAGAGUGAAGAAUAUUUGUGCCAAGCAUGACUAAAAGAAGCCAUUGAAAAGUCCAUGGAGUUCGCUACCUACCCUCGGAAAACAAUUUCCGGGAUGCUCUGCUCCAUGUCAACAAAACCACAAGAGAAACUCAAAGCAACGAGUAAGAAGGAUGGAAAACUCAAAUCAGGAAAAAUUCACAGAAUGUGUACCUUCGGAGUCAUAGCUAACCAAAUUCAACUCUUCAGGACCAAGGACAAGGCACGGCAGAUUUACCUUGAUUAGAUUUACCCUGCCCAGAUGUACUUUGCAGCUGGGUGUGCCUGUUUCAUUCAUCCAGUCACACUAACUAUCAAAUAGUUAACCGUACAAAAUGGAGCAGACUAGAUGUACGCUUCGGUGUAUCCUCUCGGAACCUUUGGAUUAGCUAGCUGUCUCUUCAGGUUCUACCUCGAUGCAUAAUCAGCUUCACCAGUUAUACAUGAGGUGUGCUAUGCAACUGGAGUAGUGGGUUGAGUAUCAGUUGGGGUCUCCCUAAAAUCAGUCCUGUGGGCUAAAUAUAUACACACUGGCUGUGUCUGUGGUUGAAACUGCACCUAAGAUGCAGGAGAAGAUGUGCGGUGUUGGGUUGAGAAGGUGCCCACUCAGACCCCAGGAAUUUAGAAUGUGUUAAAAACUGUGAGUUAAGGAGGUCAAGAAAAUGUAAUUUUCCCAGAUAUAAAGAUAACCCCAGAUUAUCCUAAAUUACCACUUUAUUAGCUUUUUCCAUUGCUUACAUAACUUAAUGUCUCUGAACAUGAUGUCCUCAAGAAUAAGGAGGUAGCAAUACCAACCUGAGGUCUAUGGUAAAGGUAAUGGAUGGAGAACAUUUGAAAAUACAUAUAAAUUCUUUCCCCCCGCCCUCUGUAGUGGUAAAUUAUGUCUACUGAGCCAGGCUUAUGUUCUUCCAUCAGAUGCUCAGGCUGUCUGGCUCUCAGUGUGCUCAGACACCAUCGUCAGAUUUCUUUCAAGAAACGUGUGUGUGGGCAAAUGCUCUAAAGUGGGCUUCCUGUCAUAUUUUAAAUUUCUUGCUGAGGACCAACACACAAAACUACAACCUAGGAAUGUACAGCUUUAAGUGUUUUCAUAAUUGCCAAAAUUUUGUAAGGAGUCAGAAAAGCUGAGUCACAACCCUCCUCACAUCUGAAAAGUCUGCGUUCUGGAUGCUUCCACUGUGGAUCGGACAUCCCAUCAUCUAACCUGUCGUCCAUGGCUAGAGGGCAAUAGUAGUUUCGGAACAGUUCCCAAAUGCCAUUUGAUGUUUCCUGUACGACCUAACUUGCCUGGAGGCCAGACAUGUUUUGGGUCUGGUGCCUUAUCCCACAUUAAGUGUAGGUCUGCAUGCACAUUUCAGCUCCUGUUUCAUCUGCAUUUUUGUACCUAUUAACGCAUGCCACCGUCCUUGCAAAAAAUAUUAGUUGUUUGAAUGUUUGGGAAGUAUGGGACAGGCUCUAGGGAUGCCUAUAAAUUGAAUGUACCAUAUAGUCACCCAGACACUGUGAUGAACCACACAGCUCCCAGUGUCAUUAUUAAUCAUUAGUUUAUCAUCAGCCAUUGCUUGGAGAAUGGCGCUAUUCUUAGCAAUGGUUGGCCAAUGACAGGAGUGAAGGGGGUUUACCUUGUCCAUACCUUAUUCUUCAGUCCCUUCCACCCUUCAGCAAACUUCUUAAACAUCUCUGGUAUUUGGUAUUCACCUUGGAGAAGCCAUCUUAGCUUGCUUGUUUAUAUCCUUCUUCCUGCCCCUCCUUCCACCUAACUCCUCACCCCCACACAUUUUUUUUUUUAACCAAGACACAGUUCUGGUUCUGACUCAGUGCUGUGUUGUCUGUCUGUCUGUCAGGAAUGUUCUUCCUAGCCUCUUCUUUUUAAGGCUAACAUUCUAUUUUCUAUGUCUCAGUUCAAAGAACAACUUCCCCUGGCAAGUCUUGUCAAGAAUGGCUUGUCCACCAAGUCUCCUUUAUUCACAUUCUUACUUUGUUUACCUGAAGUCUUAGGUUCUACCUACAACUGUCUUCACUUAUCAAGGCAUGGGUUGAAGUUGUCUGGGUACAUUUGGACAGAUGCAGUAGUAGCCGGGAUGCAGUUAUACAGUUGGUAUUUGUGUUGUGAAUGAAUAUGUUGUGGACCAAGGAUGCAUGUGGUAUGUGGAAGACAGAUGCUCAGGUUGGUGGGGCAUCUGUGAAGUUCUGCAUUUGGGUUGCCAUCCUUGUAAGCCUGGUGCGUGAUCACUCAGGGUUCUAGUCUCCUACUCUUCCAUAUAGAAACCUCCUGGCAGUUUUGCAACUGUUUCUGGAGCAAUCUUUUUAUUUUUUUGAUGGAACGAAAUCAACUCGAGUCAUUUGUGUGUCUUAGAAUGUUCCAUCAUUUCUGGAGUGUGGUUGUAAGAAGUAUCUUGCUCUUUCUGUGGCCAGAUUACACUUUCAGAGGUCAAAGAUGAAUUGGCAAGCCCAGCCAAACAAAUGCAAGCCACAGACCAUUGCUCACCCUACCCUGGGGUGGCGAGAUGACUGGCGGUAUUUGUUUUUAAGACCAGGGACUAGGCAGAAUGGUGCUGGAACCCAGAACAUCUGAUUACAAGUUUCUUUUUCCACAGUGGACCCACCAUCUCAGGGAUUCAUAGUCUACCCUGUCAUCUACCAGUUCUUCUGGUGUGAAUUCAUAAUUCUCUAAAAAGUAUUAGGGCAGAAAUGCUUUAACACACACAUAGUAUGUUUUUAAACACACAUCUGACUUUAAAUGUUUAGAAUCACCAAACUUCCCAAAGCCUUAAGGGUCAUACUUCAUGUCCUGUUACUUCACUAGACCUAUUUGGGUUAGAGAUCCCUGUGUUUAUUCUUCCUAUAACAAAAAUGCAAGGCCAUUCUUCAUAAAGAAGCAUUAGAGAGCAGGAACCCCCAAGUCUACACCUUAGUUCUCCUGAUGUGUGUGUGAGUGAGUGAAUGAGUGUAUGUGUGUGCCUUUGAGUGUUUUCCUUUACACUCCCUCUUUGUAUCGUGGAUGCCUUUGUAGAAAGCAUGCUGUAUGGCUUCUGUCUUUGCACUGGGCCCUCGGCCUUGUUCCUGUGUAUGGCCAUGAUGAUCUUCUCGGGACACUCAGAUGGUCCCAGGACAUCUAGUGUGUGCAGGUCCUGGGUCACUUACUUAAGUGUUCUCAGGGUCUCUCUCCAACCAUUCCUUACAGUCUGUUUGUUUGCUGAGACCCACAUCCUUUCCUGUAGGUCUUGGUUUUUGUUCUUCUUUUCUUCCCCGUCUCUACACACAGAAUCAGCAAUUCUCCAAUUCCUUUGGCGUUCCAAUUCCUUUUGCUAGAGAACAGAAUUGAAGUCAAACAGAACAAAACAUUUGACUGCUAGGAGUCCUAUUUCAAAGACUUCUGGAUGAAAGAAAUGACUUUCUGUGAAGCCAUUUCAGGUGAAGAAUUAGAAAAGGAAUGUAUGUACCAUUAGGCAUAUCUAGAUACUAGGUCAUGAAUUCAAAUAGCUAUUUCACAUUUAAGUCCAGCAACCCCAAAUCUGUGUUAUUUUGUUAUAAUACAUUUCUUCAUGAACUCUGACUUCUUAAGACCAUAAACAUUAUGCUGUCUCCUCUUUCUAAACCUCUACAUUAUCCAUCUCUGUCUUGUCCAUUACUUUACUGUAAUAACUUCACUGAUGUAAAUAUUUUGAGGUUUCUGUUCUUGUUGUAGGAAGAAGAAAAACAAAUAAAACACUUUGACUUUUUAUAAUCUGAGUAGUACCAUUUAUGCAAAAGCUUAGUAUAACUUUCAUCUUUCCUUGGUAAUGCAGCCAUAUUUUUUGAGGAUCAUGGGAAGGGUCAACUCUCCCAGGAAAGAAUAUGGAGAUCUUAUAUUUACAAAUCUAUUCUCGCUGUUGCAUGUAGAAAUAUGUCUGGUUUGUGGGAGGGUUAGUACCAAGGGCUUUUUAGAGUCACCUCUUGACGACCAAGGUGCUGGCCAUUACUGUACUGUCUUGGGGACAUUGCUAUGGAUCUUAGAUGCACAGUUAAUUGCAUGAGUAGUAUGAUUAUUAGUCAUUAGGUUUAAUAUAUUUAAGUUGAUGUGCUGAAAGUUUGUUUUUAACCAUUGCCCUGCAGCUAAUGUGAUUAUAUGUAUUUAAGCAUUGUGUGCGCACACUCACACAUACAUAUGCAUCCACAUUAGGCUACAUCAUCUGGAGGAACUGUGUGUGGGCGUGUGUGAUUGGCAAGUGUGAAAUUGAAUUUAGUAUGAGAUUUUCUGUCUUAGGUAAAAUAUUUGAAAGAACGUUGAUAGCGAAAAGCUGUCUAGCCUCGGAAACACUGGAACAAGGGGUCUGAAUGUUAAAAUUUCAUUUAAAUGGCAAAACACUUAGAACUACGCUGAAGAAUUUAGUUUUAGUGGGAAAACUUUAAUUUGCCUGUAGUGUGAGGUACAAGUUAUUAAUUGCACCAAAGAUAACAUGCUAAUUAGAAGGUUCGUGUAUGGUUGUCAGAGGUUAACAGUGCACACUGACAGACUUGGAAUAGAAACUAAUUAUAUUAUGUUCUCUAGAAGGAGUAUUUUUACCCACGAAUGGAAGAUCCCUUAUUAUAGCCCUGUUUUUUCUUAGCUUGAAAAAGAGUCUUUUAGCUGUUCUUUGUAAUGAAGCUGCUGCGAUGAGUGUUCACACCAGUGAUGAAGGUGUAUAAAUAGCUUGACUUGCAGCCUCCCCUUCCAGCAUAGCCACGGAGACAGUUCACAGAAACGUUAUGCAUAUCUGAAGCCUAGACGCAACACACACAGAGAAGACCUUCUGAACGUUUACCCUGGGUUGAAAGAAAAUCACAGCUAUCAAGAUGUUUUGGAAAUAUUUCCAAUAUUCCUUUUUGAAAUACCCUAUUGAUAAGUCUUUUUUUUUGUGUGUGUGAUGCAUUUGGCUUAUGCAUCCUCAUACUAUUUUAUGAACUCUAGCCCUAUGCGUGCGUGCGUGUGUGCAUGCGUGUACGCAUGCGUCCCUGCACGCCUAUGUGAAGACUUAGUGAGGGAUGUCUCAGCUCACCAUUUCAAAGAGUUCAGUUCACAGCUGAUUUGGCCUGUUGCUUUGAUGAAGCAUGUGAGCGAGGAAGUCUGCCCUCUCCCUGUGACCGAACUUCCUCCCUGUUGGCCCUCCCUCCUUAAUAAGAUUUCAUCACCGCCCAGUAAUGCCACAGACUGGGGUCCAAGCCUUUUAGCACAUGAACCUUGGAGUGACAUUAAGGAUCCCAACCAUGGUAAUGUGAAUGUAAACUAUAAAACUUGGAUACAGCUUUGAGGUUAGCCAGGCUGUUUAAAGUGAUUGCCCAUUGGGCCACCACAUGGUUUCAGUUAAGGUCAUCAGUAGUUGGGAGUCUCUAUCUGUGCCCUUUUCACUUGUACCUCAGGUCUUCCCUCCCCUAGACACUUUCUUGACUUGCAGAGUCAUGUUGUCUUGGUUUUCUUUAUCAUGGGACUUGUAUGUGUUCAUUCCCCAACAGAGUUUCUAUUUCCUUUUGUUUUGUUUCUUUCUAGGGCAUUAUUUCUGCCAACGCCUCACCUCAUGCCUACGCCUCUUGAUUGUGUUACUUGGUAAUACAUUCUCACCACCACCUCAGCCCCUGUUGCUGGUUUGUUGUUGUUGUUGUUGGGUUUUUGUUUGUUUGUUUGUUUGUUUUUGUGACAGUGUAGUCCGGGCUGGCCUGGAAUUCAUAGAAAUCUACCUGCUUUUGCCUCCGAAGGCAUUGGGAUCAAAGGAGUGCGCCACCCCACCCAGCUGGGUUACAUUAUCUUGACUACUUUUGUCCCUGGAUGUUUGGUUUAAUUCAGUGCUGGUUUGCCUUGCAAAUGUCCUUGUUAGGAGUUUUCUCUUUUCUCUUUACUUGGGAGUGCACCUGUGAGGGUUGGAGGAAGCAGUUCAUUCAGGAAUAUUGAACUGGUUAUACUAAUCUGUAGUUCUGCAUUGAAUCUUUCUGUGUUACACAUUCUCUCCAAGUUGGGUUUCAUUUUAAUAUCUUCAGAUAUUUGUAUAAUUAAUCAACAAAAUAAACCCCAGAAACAUACAAUGGAAUCUUCCACGGAUCCUGUGAUUACAGUGCUUAGUCACAGUACCCAUUCUCAAUAGUUCUGAGCAAGUACUAAACAGGCCAUUGAUAAACUUUAAGUCCAUUCCUAAUGUCACAGUUUACCUGGAAGGUGGUUCAGCCAGCAGACUUACUUUCAUUUCUUCCUGGGCCUCUUUUUGCCAUCGAACAAAAUUUGAAGGCAUUUGCUUUCAAACAAUCUAAACUAGAAGUAGCAAAAAUGAAAAAUACAAAAGUAUUAGUCUUAGUAAAGUGGAGUUAAGAUCAUGGCCAUAUGCACGAAUUUGUGACACCCUUUGUUCUCAGGGUGUGACCCUUGCACUGACCAGACCUUCUAGUCUCUCAUUGCGCUGACAAAUGAAUAGUGCAUAUAUUUAUUUUCCUCAAAUCAGGAUUUGUAAGUCACAUCUGUUGGGUGACUUAUUUUGUUUAUUAAAAUGUGCAAUUAAGUGUAUUAAUGAGUGGGGGAUGUCCAUGACUUCGUGUUUGUUGUGAAAGCCAGAGCAGGUCUCCUCUUAUCUGGUCUCUUCUCUCCUCUCCUCUCCUCAUCUCCCCUCCCUUCUCCUCUCUUUCCUUUUAUUUUUCCAAGUGAAUGCAUAAGCAAGAAAGCUAUCAAGUUCAUUCUAUAAUUUUUGAAAGAUUUUUCUUAAAAAAACUUUUUUCAUAUAAGACAUGUAUAUGUAUACCCCAGUUUCAAAUAAGGGAAUAUCAUACAUUUUAAUAUUAAUUAAAUGUGAACUGGGUUUCAGUCUGUGAGUUGAUACCUUCUUUGUUGGAAGGUUUGGGCUCUUGGAUUAGAACUCAUAGGUCUCAGAGUCUCUGACCAAGGUUUCCAUUUACUUAGACCCAUCCACUUCCUCUGUGGGGUUACCAAUGGUAUUGGCUUCUAAAGACCAGAACUUCUUAGAUAGAAUGGUUAAGGAAGUGGGAGUUCUAAAGAGACCACUAAUGUUUGUUUAAUGUCUCUUUAAUCUCUGGGAUGAUGAUGAGUAACAGGCUGUUUGGGGGAUAUUCUCUAGUAGCUUCACUAAUGUCCGAGCCCAGUGUGAGAAUCUUCUCACCUGUACCUUUUGGGGGUUUGAACUAUAUACAUGACUAAUAUACACGUGGUGAAGAACCCUCUGGUUCUGUGACUAUGACACUGUUCAGAAACUUUAAAAGGCCUCCAAACCAGCUGCAGUCCACCCCACCCCAUCACUUGCCAGGGUGGGUGGAGAUGAAGACUCUGGUAGGCUACAUGCCAUCAUAGGCAUGGUUGCAUAUGUGUUCUGUGUCUCAUUUGCGAGUCUGGUUGAGUUUCGGACUUUUGAGACAGUGUCUUAUACUGUACCCCAGGCUGUACCCCAGGCUGUACCCCAGGCUGUACCCCAGGCUGGCCCUGGGCUUGAGAUGAUCCUUCUCCUAUAACCUGUAGAAGCCUCUAUACCUGAUGGGCGUUUACCUUUUUACUCUUUUCUCUUUCUUCACUUUGGAACUGUCCUCCUACUUGGGGCUAGACUUCCUAACCACCCUGCUUAUUUUCAUCGUUUAGCAUAGUAUUAGUUAACUUUGCUUGCUUCUAUUACAUGGUAUCUGACAGAAUCAACUUAAAGGAUGGAGAGUUUUAUUUUCAUUUACCUGAAAAUCAGAGGGUUCAGGACACGGCUUCUUGAACAAGGCGCUGUGGUGCAGGAAUGUGUGCUGGAUGAAAACAUCUCCCUGUUGCUAGAGAGGAAGCAGAAAGAAAGUCCAUAUAGGAAUGAGAAAGCGAUGUAAUCCCAAGGAUAUUUCCCCCCUGACCUACUUCCUCCAGGCCUCACCUCCCGCCUUAACACCACCACCCACUAAUGCCAUCAUGUUAUGAACCCUUCGAGGGCUUAAUCAACUGAUUAUUGUAACUUUGAUGAUCUAAUUGUUCCUGGAAAUAUCAGAGAUACACCCAGAGGUUUGAUCAUUCAUCUCCCAUGCAGCCUUUCAUCUAAUCAAAUUGGCAGUCAGAUUACCACUCACAGACAGCUGGGUAUUUAUAUGCCCGGACAACAGAUAAGGACUACUGUGUCUCAGGCAAAAUACAAUUGAGACUUGAUACCGAGAGGGGCUUUGAACAUUGCUCAAUUUGGGAAAACAGAACAGUUUUAAUCGCUUCUCCCCAGAUUUUUGGUUAUAUAUAAAAGCUUCAGAGUUUAACAUGGAUGGAGGCUCUUCACUGGCAGUGAUUGGAAUUUUGGAACAUCAAGUUUAAGCUAAAACUCAUCACCCAGCUUACAGUUAGGCUAAGAAAAAGGUUGGGAUAAUCCUAGGGGUCUUGAGUUCUUCACUGUAUAUAAAAUUAUUAGCUGAUUUGAUGCAAUUUUGGCUGUUCUGUAAUCUCCACAAUACACUUGAGUUCACCGGAUGGAAACCAAAGCAGUUAGCUUUUUUUAUUUUUGUGGCCAAGCCUGGCCAUCAGAUAUAUGAAAAUCCAAUCUGCUGACUAUGUGGUCUACGCUAAUCUGAAUUACUUUUAUACUCUAAGAUUGACUUUGUUUAAUGCUUGUUUGCAGUCUGGCAUCCAGAGGUUAUUGUAGCUGAAGAAAGAAGCAAGCAAGUAAACAAGUGGACCCUUUCAGGACGGCGUCAGCAGGGGCAUUUUCUUUUUCUUUUUCUCUUUCUCUCUCUCUCUCUCUUUCUCUUUCUCUUUCUCUUUCUCUUUCUCUUUCUCUUUCUCUUUCUCUUUCUUUUUCCUUUCCUUUCCUUUCCUUUCUUUGUUUUGUAUUUUUGAGACAGGGUUUCUCUGUAUAGCCCUGACUGUCCUGGAACUCACUUUGUAGACCAGGCUGGCCUUGAACUCAGAAAUCCGCCUGCCUUUGCCUCCCAAGUGCUGGGAUUAAAGGCGUGCACCACCAUGCCCGCUGGACAUUUUCAAUGGCAGUGUGGCUGGGAAAAAUCAGUCACUUGGUGCUUCAUUCCAUUGGGUUGAUUCGGAUCUUAGCUGUAUUGCCACUGAGGGUGACAGAGGAAGGGAGAGCAGGAGGGAUCCCAGGUGAUGUCUACCUUACCCACUUGAUUUUCCUUUAAUUGGUCUUGCCUUGCUUCUUUAAAAGCUGUUGGUUUUUGGAUGCAUUUUAGGCAUACAUCUGUUGGAAUCACUUCAGGUCACUUCUCUGGGUAUUUGCCCUGCCCAUCCAUCCCUCACUGAUCUUUGCCUGGUCCAUCCCAUUGGCCUCUAAGAGCCUCCUGAAACCACAGUCAUUGCUGAUGUGAAACAAAGGUUUGUUGCAGCCUUCAGACCUCAUCUUGGCUCUGACAUCUCACUCUGACAGGGAGAGUAUAGAGAUGGCCUUGCGCUCAGCUGGUGGUGUGCUCGGAUUCGUAUGUGCAUGACCACUUCCCGCUUCUCCUCAUUUCCAAGCGUGAGCUUCUAAGAGGAACAAAUGGAAGCAUCCUCACUUUCCCCGUGCAGCAAACUGUGUUGCACGACCUGGAAUAGCUGACAUAUGUUGCCCUCAUGUUCAAUUUCCCUAAAAGAUGCUUCCUGAUCUUUGGAUUGUCGUGACCCAUAACUUAUUAAAUAUCUCAUACGGUAGUGAGUGUGGAGGGGAUGCGACUGUGGGAGAGCAGAUGCCAGAAGAGGACUCCUUGAUUUGAACAACAACAGAAAAGCAGACCCCAGAGUGAUGGCUAUAUUCUGUGAUGUAUCUGUUAUUACCUGCCAUGGUGGGCUUAUUUGAAUUCAAUGACAUGCUUGUUCUCCGAGUAUUGCAUUACAAUAUCAGAGCUGGCUAAUUUAUUUAUAGUGUGUGUUGCUAUAGCCUUUUUCUUUUCGAUUCGUUCAAAUGUUAAUAGCUCCUUUUAACCUUUCUAAAGUUUUUAAAUGAAAGUACAAUUACAUCGUUUCUUCUCCCCUUUCGUCCUUCCUAUGCCACCCAUAACUUCUCUCCCUUGCUCCAUCUCAAAUUCACAGCCUCUUUAUAUUUAUUUAUUAUUGCUUUAUACACACACACACACACACACACACACACACACAGCCUACUGAGUCCAUUUAGUGCUGCAUUUAUGCGCAUGAUUUCAGGAAAGAUAACUUGGUAUUGGAUAACUAAUAAAGAGCUCAUUCCUGUGGAUGGCUAAUUGUCUCCCUUUCAGCUGUCUUUAGUUGCCUGUGCUUGUCUGUCUAAGGCUGGGGGCCCUGUGAGGAUGUCCCCUUCCGCAUCAGCAUAUUAAUCCGUGUUGUCCUGGUUCAGGUCUCAUUUAGAUAACUAAUUAGGCCACUAAAUUGUUAAAGUAUCGUGUGCAUAGCUUCUCUGUCAGUUCUCGGAGAGCCAGUCGUAUGCAGGCCUCUCAGUCCUGUGGCUCUCCCAGUCUCUCUGCCCUCUUCCAUGAUGUCCCCUGAGGCUUCGGUGCAGGAGCUGUGGUUUAUGUGUAUCCACUGGGGAUGGACACCCCAUGAUUGGUCGCUCUCCGAGUUCUGACCAGUGCGGGCUCUUUAAUGGUCUCUAUCUACAUUCUCAAUACUUACCCGUAGACCACAGAUCAGAGUAGCUCUCAUCCCUCACAAAUAGCUGCUCUUUUUAUUCACUUCCCGUUUCUUAUUCCUUGGGAGUUGCGAGGUGGAGGCUGUAUAGGCUUUUCUCUAGAAAACCUGAGAGAACUGUUUAAAUACCAAUUAUGUCUUCCUGUUGUCCUUCAUUUUUAUAAAGCAUUGUUCUUGAAUUGGAAACUAAGGUGACAUUUUGCCAUCUCCCUCACUCAUUUACUCAAAGUGGGUAUCAGCUCAGCUCAGGCUGAUGUUGUGCUGGGUGUUGUGUGAUCUCGCUGGUUGUAAGCCAGAAGUUAAUAGUAGAAGUUGGAGUGGGAGUGUGUGGUAGGUGGGGUUACAUGUGACUAUGUUAACUAGUCUAUGCAUAUUCAUGAGUGCAGCCCUGACCUUUGAGAUGCUAUGGGUCAGCACCAUCACAUCUUAGUUUUACCAGCAGAGAAACUGACACCAGAAGAUCACACGCUGUUCUGGAAGCCAGCUCUGCUCAGCUUCAUGGCCUUUCUUUCUUCAUUAUGCAUUUUUUUCAUGCUUGUCAGUUUUCUUUAAUGAACAAAGGUAGUUGUCAUUAUAGACCAUCAUCAAUAACAUCUUUAGAAAAAUAAGUAUUUUAAAUCAACACUAGAAAAUCCAGCUCAGGGAUGGUUCCUUGAUUUUAUAAAUACAAUUUUAUUCGAACGCAGCUCCACUCAGCGAUUCAUUGUCUGUCUUCCGUGUUGCUUUCACAUAAGGGCUCAGUAGUUGCAACAGAGACCAGAUGCUCCGUGGAACCUGCAUUCUUUGGUCCUUUAAGACAAAGUUUAUUAAACUCUGGUUUAAAGUAGUACUUGAGAGCCAGGCAUGAUGGAACAUGACUAUAAUCCCAACAUUUUGGGGCUGAGACAGGAAGAUCAAGAGUCUGAGGCCAGCCUGGGCUACUUGAAACAUUGUAUCAGUAAGCCAAAAUUGUAUUUAUUAUGAGAAGUGAUAUUAUUUUGAUAGUGUGUUUAAAAGUUUCCCAGACACUGAUGGUCUUUUCAUUGUCCUGAGACAGGGAUUCACUCUAGGUUCUUCUGCUAUUUACUAAACUGGCCUUAAACUCACGGUCAUUCUCCUGCCUCGACUUCAUGAGUGCUGAGAUUACAAGUAUGGACCACCAAAACCAGCUUCCAGGUGUUGAGUUCUGAGGUUCAGUCUUCAUCAGCAUCAAGUUGAUGUUUGUUGUAAAAAAGAAUUUAUAACAUUUAAAAACCCUCUACAUUUAGUUUUGUUAGAAGUUGUAUUUGAGAGAAAUUUCUGGAUUUUUUUUUAUUCUGACAAAUUAAUAUGGUUGAAAAUCAAUGUAAAGAUUUUCUGAAAAAACUUUUCAGCUUCUUAUUAUAUAUUGUGCCCGGUCAACCAAUGGGCAAUUUUUUUUUUUGCUCUUGAGAUACUUUUUUCAAUAUGUGCAUCUGGUGAAAAUAGGCUUUUGUAUUUUGACAGGAAUUUGUUAUUUUCUAGAAGACCCUCUUUUGGAGGAUGUGUAAUCCGUAUUGUUCAUGUUGCUGGUUGUCUUGUGGAAGCUGAAUUUCUGGCCACAUGAAAGGAAAAGGCUCUUUACAAAUGGAGGGGCGCUUGAUGCAUGGACUCUAGUUAGGGUUCUGUUGCUGUGGUAAACACCAUGAACAAAUGCUGUGAGCAUGUUUAUUUUGGAGUACAGUUCGCAGUCCAUCACUGGCGGAAAUCGGGGCAGGAACUUAAGGCAGGAACCUGGAGGCAGGAAUUGAAGCAGAGACCGUAUAGGAAUGCUGCUUACCGGCUUGCUCGCCAUGGCUUGCUCAGCCAGCUUGGAUGUACAAGCCAUGACCACCUGCCCAGAGGCAGCACCAUCUAGUCUAAUGGAGGCCUUUUCUUAAUUGAUGUUCUUUUUCUCUCAGAUGACCCCAGUUUUUGUCAAGUUGGCAAACAAGUAACCAGGACACUGACUUACGUUGGAAUCUUGUUCCUGGAUGGCUUCGGUUUUCUUUUUUUGUGUUCCAGGUCAAUACUAGGUGCUCAGGAGGUGCUUAUGUGUCUGGUGGGCUUGGAGGGGUGUUUUAGUAAGGAACAGACUUGCAUUGUACGAGAAGCAGUGUGUCGCCAAGCCACUCGGCGACAUGUGGGUUCUUCCUUCUGACUUGACGUAAGUCCAGUUUGCUGGAGGCUUUGAUGGCCUCUUAAUCUUCUCUCUUGUCCUUUUAUCUCAGGUAGUGACCAGUAGUAAGUGUCGCUGGCAGCUUUAGUUGGUUAUCGAGUUGCCCUGCAAAGUCCAUCUAAGCUACGGCAGGUUGUUAAAAGAAGCCCGUUCAACUCAGUAGGUUGAGGCAGUAAGAGACAAUACUUUCCCCAGUUUGAUCCACACAGCUCAAGAAGGUUCCAUCAGAAUUGGAACAGAGAGUUUGCUAAUGAUCUGAUGUUUCUGUAAUUCUUUUUCUAUUAAUAUUUUUGGUAUGUUUUGACAUAGGUAUAACAAAGCAGUAUAGAUGGUGUAUGUCACCUAUCAGUAAACAAAGCUGUUGUGUGACAGAGCUCCUAGUUCAAGAAAGACAAUGCAGUAGCUCAGAGUAGACUGAAGAGCCGGUUGAUAUGCAUCAUCAAGUGGCCUUGGCCAAAGUCUUUUCUUUCUCUCUCUGUAGAAUGGGUAUAGUGGUUUUUGUGAAUAUAGAAAGCUCUGUGAACUAUGCUGCCACAUGGAUAUAUGCAGAUGUUAAUCGCCACUUGCAGAUAGGAAAAUCCUCAGAUGAGCUGUGUGACGAUUACUGAAUACUACUUUGUUAAGUUUAAGACUUCAGAAUUGCCUCGUUCUUAAUUGGAGUGCAGACGUUCUUGUUUGUAACUGUAGAGCAGUUCCAUAGUUAAUCAGGCUGGACACUGAACCCAUAGGCGCAGAUGGGGCUGGUAAACUAUAUUAUCUGAGGCACAUGGUUUUCCAUAUUUUAACAUGUCUGCAGUUGAAUUUAAUCUUAUGAUCCACAGGGUCAUAGGUUUUAUGAAAUACCAUGGUUUCGACCUCAUAAGAUUCUUCUCAAGGAUAAAAGGGGUGAUUAAUGGGAAAUGUACAAUACCUACCCCCUAGAAACUGCUUAAUAAAUAUUAAUUUAACAUUUUAUGAUUAUUGUUAUUAUUUAUUAUAUUGGGUUUUCUAUUGUUCUGAAAGGGAAGAGAGAAGGCAAAACACAGCAGUGGUUGGAGGGUUUUGAAGACCAGCCAUGACAGAACUACAAUUUCAGGUUUCAUUGUUCUUCGCUCUUAGAAGAACCUCUGUGGUGUUCAGUUUGGGAGGCAGGGAAGCAUUUUGGAGCACUGCAGACAUCUCUGUGAAGCAUCACCGUGUUGUGCUAUUGGUUUAAAUGAUGGAGCACUGGUGAUGUGGUUCCAGUAACUGUCACUCAGCGGAGCACUGGUUAUUGUAAGUCUGUGCCAGGAGUCAACAUCUGUGCUGAGGAGGCAAUAUAUACAGGCCACACCUGCCAUUUCUGUUUGGCAUACAGUUUCAUGUCUUCCAAUAAUGAAAAUGCAUACACACAAAAGUGAAACGUAUAUACGUAAGGUAAAAUAUGACAUUGUCUGACUUAUUUCGCCAAGUAAACACUAAUACGUUUAUUUUUGAACUAUGUACAAUUUGGCAUAAUCACUUUUGUAUGGAAAAGACAAGCAUGCUCAGCCAUCACUUUGUGCCAGUGGCUCAAGUGUUCAAGGCUAGAGAUGGCUGCCUGUCAGGGUGUCUUGCUUAUCUCAGGUUGGUCACUCUCAGACCCGGAUGGAGGCUAGCCUUGGAAAGAGACUUUGGAAAAGGCAGCGUGUCUUUGCCAGUGCUUGAGGUGGCAGUGGGCUUAGCAACAUCUCCACUCACCCUCUACCUGUUAGGACAUGGAAAUCCUGUGGAAAUCAUGGGGGAGGUCAAUAGAAGCACAGGGUCCAGGUAUGCACUGUUCUGUCAAGUGAGGAUAUCCUGCAGUGGGUCAUGGGUUCUGCGUACUACUGGGAGUGGGGAUAGGGGUCACAAGUAACCACAUGGAGACUUCGCAUCCCUGUUAUUUGAGUUGAGGAAGUGAGGCUCUUUCCUCCAAAAUCCUUAGGCUUGUUUAUUUUACAUUUUGUUUGCUGUUGAUCUUUUGAACCGGUCUGGUCCUUACGAAUUGAAUUCUUCAUACUCUUUCUACUGUUAGCUCACUUAUGGUUUUGCUUUGAAAUCAGUAAACCUUGUGUUUUUGCCACACUUCCACAAAGUUUUACUUAACAUUGUGUGUACCUGGAAACUUGUCUUGAAGGGAUGUCUCUCCAGGAAUACGCAAGGUCUGCAUCUCGCAGGUCAUUUAAAAGUAAAUGCCGCCUGGCUUCGUGCGAGCAGCUGUGUGAAUCGCCGGGACUCUGGUGUGGAACACCUAAUUCCCUUCUGUUGCUUACUGGCUUUCUAAUUUUACCCCUGUGAUCAUAGUUGUAAAACCUAAUUUCCAAAGGGUCUUGUGAAUCCUAUUAGUAGCUCUGUGUUAUAAUAGCAAUUUUAUAUUGCAUUGGUAUUCAUUUUCACUAUUAUGGAAUAAUCAAAUCAGCACCUCUCUUAUUCUGCCGUCGAAAUAGAAAAUAAUGGGGCUGUAAUGUAGAACUGCUAAUGUGAUGGAGCUCGCUCAUUGUGUUAGGGGAAGAAUGUCCUCCUUUCUUGUUCCAGCUCACUUGAAACUGUGAUUGAGGAAGGAAAUGGAAGGCAUUUCUACAUCUGUGAUAAGGCCCUGCGAACAUCCUUCGUUUGAAUACGUAAUUGUCUUUUGAUGGCUCUGGGUACUCAUAGGCACACCUGGAGGACAUUCCCUGCCAUGGUGGCCAAUGAGCUGGCAACAGGGUUGCUGUGUGGACCGGUUUUUGUGCUGUGGUUUCUCUUUUAAUCAUGAGGAACAUUUGAUGUCUCUUUGCUUGCGGAGGAAUUAUGCCCUCUACCUUGCUCAUCAAGGCCUUCAUCUACUUUGUUUUGUUGUUGGUGGGUUCCCCCCCCCCUUCUCUCUUUUUAAAAUCAUGAAGAACAUAUUUAGGCUACAUCAUUAGAGACUUCCUCCAUCCCUGCAGGUCUGAGUUGACAGGGAUGUUGGGAGGCAGGUCAAGUGACUGCCUAAUGAAGAUGAAUGAAGAAAAUUGCGGGGACCAGGAUCAUGCUGGGGCUCCCAGCUCAGGUUGUUGGAAGUGUGAUGGAAUCUCAUCGCUUCAUUUAUCAGUGUCAUAUUUGGGCUAAAAGUGAGCGGUAUUGUUCUCAUCUCUCCCAGAUGGAUAGGUCAACUUUAAUAUUUAUUGCUCAUGUAGAACAUUUGUUUGAUGUAUUUCCAUUAGCUAGGCAAUAAUAGAAAAGCAGUGGAGAGAGACAGGAAACAGUUCCCUUCCUAUUUAGUUGAAAUACAGCACACGCUAGUGUGUAACUACGGCCCGAAGUGCCCUGGAUUCCCGCCCCCCUUCGGCUGAUGACGUGAUUGUAUAUAUUAAAGAGUCCCAUGGAAAUAAAGGGAGCAGCAUGAAUAUAAUACCCAUUGAGAGCAGCUGGCGGCGUAUAAAUUGUGUUGUCUUUUGAAUUUCACGAUUUGGUCAUGUAAUUGGCGAGUUUUUCUUGGCUGUAUAUUCAAUUCUUGGUCUAAUAUCGUAUUUUAGAAUGGGAGUAAUGCGUAGUGGAUUGCUUCAUCCUCUGGGCUCUAUGGUGAAUCUCAAGAAAGCUAAAAUUUUCUAGAGAGAGAACAAUUUGUUUUCAGUAGUGGAAUCAUGUUGAUUAUUUUCUUUGUAUAUUUGUGGGAAGGAAUAUCUUGUUACCAAAACCCAUAUGUUUAGAAUAUAUGAAAGGUAAGACCCUAAGUAUUGAAAACGGUGGCCUCUGUGAGAGCAGCUAGCUCCCCAUUUAUCAGCCGAUGUUCACAUUUUGCAGUAAUCUGAAUGUUGGAGUAUUAUUUUCUACCCUGGAACAAACCUAGCUCUUUGUGAGGUAGGUGUUGUCUUAAGCGCAACGCAAACAUCUUAGCCAUAUGUUUCUAUAAUUUAAAUUAAUUUGGUACAGUCAUACUGUUAAUCUUCAGCGACUUGUUGAUUGGCAUUUUGCAGACAUAUUUCUGGAAGGCUCCCAGUGCCGUUUUUCUGCAGCCUUUCUGGCAGUAGCAAGGAGCAACAUUUCCACAAAUUGGAAUCUUGUACAGCACUGGGAAGCGAGCCAAGAUUUAAAUUAGACAAUAACCUCUGCUCUGUAUAUAGCUCCCAUUCUUCAGCUGUAGGCAGAGUGAUUUGUUUAAUACAGUCAGCCCUGUACCAUAUAAUAGACUGAUGUAUGAGUCACUCCUUGGCAAUGUGUGUUGCUUAAAUUUAUAUAGAUUGAACAACUGGUUGGUAAUGUACUUAGUUACAGUGCUACAAACAAUAACUAUUAGGAGAACUGAAACUGCCUCUGCAAGGGCCAUGCUGGGGAGGUGUUUGGGAGGAUCCUGAAGGGCUGUGAUUUUUAGAAUGAUUCUCCUUUUGAGGCUAAGAGACUUCUACUUCAUAAACACGAGUGUGCUGCUUUUAUUUAUUUAUUUUUUUAAAAAGCAAAGCAGCCAUAAAAGUUUUAUGUUAUAGUUUUCUGUUUCUCAUUUUCUAUUUGUUGAAAAUUGAAUUGGGAGAACCUAAUUUGCUUCAAAAAUUAAACUAAACAUCAGCCUGCUUUUGGGGCAAGACCAUUUGGUUGUGGUUUUGCAUGUGUGCCUGUGAGUGUUUAAACAUUAGCUGUUUCUUUUAAAGGAAUAUCCGUGUAGAUGUGUAUUUAACCAUGUUUUCCAGGUUGGGCCGUGUCCCUGGCCUUAGCUGUUCACAUGCUGAAAGAGACCUUUCUGAACAAAGAUCUUUUCUUUAGAGAAGAGCUUGUGUUCCAAGUUCAGUUCAUGUUUAUUUAAAAGAUUAAAAUCAUUAGACCAGAUCUCACUCUUUUUUUUUUUUGCCUUCUUUGGGGUCCAAAAGAAAAUUGAUUUUGCGUUCCGUGAGAGUGGGGUCUGAAAGAGUAUAUUCAGGGAUACACAAACAGAGGCGAUGUAGAAAUCUCUGUGUGCAGCUGAACAAAGCAAUUCUGUUUUUACCACUGAGCAUUUGCUGAGUCUGGGUGUGAAAUGUUCUGAACAGAAUUGUCACCUGUCUUAUGAAAGCACUUCUUUUUUAAGGCAAAGGAUCAUUAUAAUCUGAAAUAUUUUAAUGCUUUUGUUGUCGUUGUUGUUUUGGCUUUUGGGGGGGAUUUCUUUUUUUUUUUUUUUUUUUUACCUCUGCCAACUGGAGCAUUUAUAAAAUAACAUAUUCUGUAAAUAUUGAACAAUACAAAGACAUCUUUCAUAACAGUUUAUAGUAUGCUGCCUGUGCUCGGUGGGAGCCAGGCAGUAGUUAGUGGCAAAUGAUAUGCCAAUCAAAAAUUAUUAUUACGAGUGUAACCUGCUGUAAUGCUGUGUCUUAUCUGGAAGUGUCAACUUGAUAGAAGCCAACUCUUUGUCUUUUAGAGUUAAGCUCUUGUUUGCCCUCAGUUAAUUCUGUCUCCCAAAGGCUCAUUUGAAUUGCAUGAAGGAUAAUCUGCUUGACAGUUUUAUACAUUUAAACAAUCUUGAUUAUAUGGUAUUUUACAUGUUUUUAAAGCUCCCAGUUACAAUUUUAUGUAGGCUUUUAAAGAAGUCUUUAGUCUGAAAAGGAAUGAGCGAAAUCGAUAGGUAGAAUCUGAUCCACCUGAGCAUCAUUCAGUGGAACUGGAUAGGGGCUCUUCUCCGGGGUGCUGUUGUGUGAACAUUGAUGAGGGGUGGCAGCAUGCUCAGAAUCGCUUCUACUAAAACGUUAAUGAAUAAAUGAAAGAAAACAUAGUAUCCUAGUUUCAGUGCGCUGGAUGGAGGUUGAAGGCAGUCUUCUGCCUGCUCCCCCAUGACUUAAAUUGGAUAAUGUCUAGAUGAGUUUUGGUUUAGGAUCAAGUACCCUGCUGCAAGACUUUGGAGAGUGUCUGUGUGUUAGCUGUCCUCUGGAAGGGCGUGGGUGCACAUCAUGCUGUGGGACGUUAUGAGCUCACCAUCUGGUACCAGGCACACUGGCUUCAAAUCCACGACCUACCACAGGGUCAUGUACUAGGUGAGUUUUGAACAAGAUGGAACCCAGCCUCUCUUAAAAUCUGCACCGGUACACGGCGGGGAAGGCAAUGCUUUCCCUCCAGUGUCCCCAUUAAGGUGAGAUGAACUGCAUGGUCAGCAUGUGCUGCAGUUGCUGUGGUGUGUGCCUUUCCAGCUCUAGGGCCAUGGAGACCUGGAACAGGGGUCUAGAGACAUUUCUUUACUGCCUUUUUCUUUUUUCUUUUUUUUUUUCACUGCCAAACUGCUAGGUGGUCGUUGUCGGGAAAUCACAUUGCUGUUCUUAACCCUUGAAGGAAAGGAAUUUGGAGAAGGAAAAAAAAAAAAAAGGAAUUGGGCCUUGAGGGAAAAAGAAGCUGCUAGGUGGGAUUUGAACCCUUACCCUUGAUUUGAAUGCAGGGGGCAGUAGAAAUGUAAUAGAGGUCUAUCUCUUGUUCACUUAUGAGAAUAACUUCUUCCCAGAAGACCUGUUAGUUCCCCUCCCAGGAGAGUGCUGAGGACAGGGUAAGAGAUGAGGGACUGAAUCUACGAAGCUAGUUUACCUCUCCCCACUAGCACAGAUCUGAGGCGGAUGGCUUGCCGCGAGUAAGAUGCCAACUGAAAACCCCUGCCCUCCACAAUCUCCUGUUGAGGCUGGUGAAGUAACUGCCCUGAGUAAACAUUGAUUGGUGGAGAUAGCGCAAGUGAUGUCACCAGAUGCAAGUGAGCACAGCCUGUUGUGGACUCUAUGCAAGGGCUGAGAGGAGCACAUUGUGAUGGUUCAGAUUAGCCACUGGUAAGGACCUGCAGUGUGUAAGCAAUGAAAUGUAAUACAAGUGUAGUCUUUGUCUGCUUAGAGACAUGGAUGUUGCUCUGGCUAUCUGUCAGUGGGCACACAGACUAAUAGUUACUCUACAUUCUUAAUUUAAAUUUUUUUAGAUUACAAUACAAUCACAUUAUAAUUAUGUUUCUUCUUCCCAUUCCUCCCUCCAACCCCUCACUUGUCCCCCAACUUGUGCUUUCUUUCAAAUUCAUUUCCUCUUUUUUCUUUUAUUGCUCUCUCUCUCUCUCUCUCUCUCUCUCUCUCUCUCUCUCUCUUUCUGUGUGUGUGUGUGUGUUUGUAUAUAGCCUGCUCAGUUUAUCUAAUGUCAUUUAUAUGUAAAUGUUUUCAUGGUUGGCCAUUGCAUAUUGGUUAACCAAUUGCUACCCUCUUUCCUAGGGAAGACUUUUUCUGAUAUCCCCACCCCAUGCUAGCUUGUCUAUUACAUCACCCAUGUUAAAGUCUUAUCAGUUAAGUAGUCAUAUCAGUGAGACUUCAAGGUAUUGCUUCUGAUAUUUCUAGGAGACAGUAUCUCAUGGUAAACUCCCUGUUCUUCUGGCUCUUCGAAUUUCCCAACCUCUCUUCCACAAUGAUCCCCAAGUCUUAUGUGCAGGAGCUCUACUGUAGAUGUAUCAGUUGGGUUGGGCUCUACAGUUGGGUUCUGCAUCUUGAUGGCUCCUAAUUUUCUUUACUGGCCCUCAUCUGUUGCAAAGAGAUUUCCUCAAUGAAGCAUUACACUUGGAGACAGGUUUGAACUAUAUGGCUCUAGAUCUCACUAUGUGGAUCCGGCUAGCCUCAAACUUAUAGGAAUCUGCCUAUCCUUGCCUCCUGCCUCCUGAGUGGUGGCCUUAAAUCUGUAAUCAUUUGUUAGGUGUCUAUACCCAGCUUGAGAGGAAGGUGAAAUGGAAGUCAGAGAGAUCACACCUGCUUCUCAGCUUCUUGGGUCCUGUCUUAGAUUUCCAUUGCUGUGAAGAUACACCAUGACCAAGGCAACUCUUAUAAAAGAAAACAUUUCAUUGAGGCUGGCUUACAGUUUCAGAGGUCUAGUCCUUUAUCAUCAUGGCAGGAAGUAUGGCAUCAUGAAGGCAGACAUGGUGCUGGAGGAGCUGAGAGUUCUACAUCUUGAACUGAAGGCAGCCAGAAGGAGACUGUCUUCCACAAGCAGCCAGGAGGAGAUUCUAGUUCCCCCACUGGGAGAAGUAGCAUAUGAAACCUUAAAGCCCACCCCUACAGUGACAAAGUUCCUCCGACAAGGCCAGACCUACACCAACAAAGCCACACCUCCUGUGGGUCAAACAUUCAAACACAUGAGUCUAUGGGGGCAAACCUAUUCAAACUACCACAGGCCCCAAAGUGAGAUUUGUGUUUCAUUCACUUUGCAUUCUGCAAGAACUAAUUGCGUGGCUUACCUGGCCCAGAAGCAAAAAAACAAAACAAAACAAAACAAAACAAAGACAAAAACAAAAAAGAAAACAAAACAACAACAACAAUAACAAAAACAAAAAACAAAAAACAAAAAACAAAAAACAAAAAAACGGUGGCAUCAGGAUCAGACCCUGCACCAUAGAAAGAGGACUGACCCUCCAGAAAAUAUCAAGCUGUACCUGCAGCAAUGAACAAGCAUGUCGCUUUGUCAGAAUUCAAGAUUUCUUUGGGGAAAUGGAAGAAGCAAAGUCAAAAUUAUUCUUACAGUUGUGGAUUAUUCUUACACUAAUGGAUUUUAGUUAGAAUAGGAUUAUUAGUCAGAAAAACCCCCGUUCUUCUAAUAUAUGAAACUUGAACCGUUGAGUGUUGGUGAGGUUGACUGUUUAACCAGCAGAUGUUCACAGGGAGAAUUAAAAACAACGAGAAAGUGUCUCUUGUAUUGAUGCUAAACAUCAAGGGUGUGGCAGGGACUAAGAAGUCACCUGACUAAUUGUGUGCUUAAGCUGUCUGGGGGUUGGGAGAUAAUCCCUUCUCUUCUUUCAGAGAAAUAAGGAGACUCUGUAGGAAAGGUUUCAUUUCAAGAGGAGACAAAGGCUGCCUGGCUGAGAAGGCCUGUUCUCUAAGAUACUAUGGGUUUGGGGAAAAUGUGACCUUUUCUUGUGAGACGAAGGUUUAGGGAGGGACAGACAAAAGUGUUUAGGCUUGUCAAAUAUUUAUAACCAAUUGUCUCUCUUUAUUCUUGCCAGUAGUAAUUCUCCUCCGGUGAUACUUGGUUUAAAAUGUGCUCGGUUGCUUCUCAUCAGCAGUUUAUUUAUUUACCCAUUUACUUAUUUCUUUUUAAUCUCUCCUGGGAACUCACCGUGACUACUUUCAUUUUAUAGUUGAGUGUAUGCACAUGCGGAAUUUGAGUAAAAAUUGAAGCCCUUCCCCAGUAGAGUGACAUUUUGGAAAGGAAGGCGGUGGGGGUGAGUGUGGAAGUCAUCCUUGGUAGAAGCACAUCAUGGGGUGUGGCUCUGCAUGCAUGUGCACGGGGGUGGGGGUGGGGCACAGCUGUAUUGCUAGACAGUCUCCUGUCUAUUUCUCCCUUGCACUGUAUUCUUCAUCAACUGUUUUGUUGCUUUGAGACAGGAUCUCACUGUGUGGCUCAGGCUGGCUUAGAAUUCACAGUCUACUAGCCACCAUGAUUGUAUACAAGGUUUUCUGAAGUUUCUGUUCCCAGGUAUCUUUGCCCCAGUUUUAAGUCAUUGGCUUCAGAUACCUACUGGAGCGGGUCACAUGUGUGAGGGUUGCUGGGGUCUGUCUCCUCUCUGGGUGUUCUACUGGCUCCACUGGUGAAUGUAAACGGGACACUUGACCUGUGACUAUCAAGAAGGAAACCCACCCGUUUUGCCUUCAGAAAUAUUCUUUUGAUCUGACUGUUCACAGAAAAUAAGCCGGAUGGUCUUUUUUUGUUGUUCUUCCCUCCCCUAAGUCUAUCUUACGACUCACGAAAAGAAAUUGGAGAUUGAGAGGAUCUUGUGUUCAGGGGCAAAAAUUAAAGAUGCUUUCCUCAACUCUCAAAUCAAAAAACCAAGAUAAGGCCUUUUGAUAUCUGCCUAGGUGGAGCCCAGAUGAUUGAACUAGGAAGGGGCAGGGGUGGAGUGGCGCAUAGCUUCCUUUUGAUUGUCUCCUGGUCCAUAGGCUUCAGAAUUGAUAUGAAAAUGUAGGUUCUAUAUGAAAGUGAAAUUUAAGGAAUACAUUUAUCUCUAGUUCCAAAAGUCACAAUAACAGCACUAUCAAGAAUCCCCUCAAACUCUAUGCCAUAAUUUGACACUGAAACUCAUCAUGCUCAUUUGUUUUGAGAGAUAUGAUUUAUUAGGUCAGGAACAACUGACUGAGUCAGACUACAAGGACCGGCCCUUCUGAUUGGAGUCCUCAUGGGGCAGCAUCUUGCCUCUGCUCGGAGUUGCAUGUUGGGAAAUAAUAACUACAUGAACAUGGCCGAGGCAAACAACGCCUUCUUUGCUGCCAGUGAGCAGACAUUCCACACGCCAAGCCUUGGGGACGAAGAGUUUGAAAUUCCACCGAUCACGCCUCCUCCAGAGUCAGACCCCACCCUGGGUAUGCCUGAUGCACUGCUACCCUUUCAGACUCUCAGCGAUCCGUUGCCUUCCCAGGGAACUGAGUUCACACCCCAGUUUCCCCCUCAAAGCCUGGAUCUCCCUUCCAUCACAAUCUCAAGGAAUCUGGUGGAGCAAGAUGGCGUGCUUCAUAGCAAUGGGCUGCACAUGGAUCAGAGCCACACACAAGUGUCACAGUACCGCCAGGAUCCCUCUUUGGUCAUGAGGUCAAUUGUCCAUAUGACGGAUGGUGCUCGAUCUGGGAUCAUGCCUCCUGCCCAGCUGACCACCAUCAACCAGUCUCAGCUCAGCGCACAGCUGGGCUUGAAUUUGGGAGGAGCCAAUGUGUCCCACACAUCUCCUUCACCUCCAGCAAGCAAAUCAGCCACUCCCUCUCCUUCCAGCUCUAUCAACGAAGAGGAUGCUGAUGAUGCAAACAGAGCCAUUGGAGAGAAAAGAACAGCCCCAGAUUCUGGCAAGAAGCCCAAGACUCCAAAGAAAAAGAAAAAGAAAGAUCCCAACGAGCCUCAGAAGCCAGUGUCAGCAUAUGCCCUGUUUUUCAGAGAUACACAGGCUGCAAUUAAGGGUCAAAACCCCAACGCAACCUUCGGAGAAGUCUCGAAAAUCGUAGCAUCUAUGUGGGACAGCCUUGGGGAGGAGCAAAAGCAGGUAUAUAAAAGGAAAACAGAAGCUGCCAAGAAAGAAUACUUGAAGGCCCUGGCUGCCUACCGGGCUAGCCUCGUUUCCAAGGCUGCUGCUGAAUCUGCAGAAGCCCAGACCAUCCGUUCUGUCCAGCAGACUCUGGCAUCAACCAACCUGACAUCCUCCCUCCUCCUGAACACAUCACUGUCUCAACAUGGGACAGUCCCAGCCUCACCUCAGACUCUUCCACAGUCACUCCCUAGGUCAAUUGCCCCCAAACCCUUAACCAUGAGACUACCCAUGAGCCAGAUCGUCACAUCAGUCACCAUUGCAGCCAACAUGCCCUCGAACAUUGGGGCUCCACUGAUAAGUUCCAUGGGGACGACCAUGGUUGGUUCAGCAACCUCCACCCAGGUGAGCCCUUCGGUGCAAACCCAGCAGCAUCAGAUGCAGUUGCAGCAGCAACAGCAGCAGCAGCAGCAGAUGCAGCAGAUGCAGCAGCAGCAGUUACAGCAGCACCAAAUGCAUCAGCAGAUCCAGCAGCAGAUGCAGCAGCAGCAUUUUCAGCAUCACAUGCAGCAGCACCUGCAGCAGCAGCAACAGCAGCAUCUCCAGCAGCAGCUCAGCCAACAGCAGCUGCAGCAGCAGUUGCAGCAGCAUCUCCAGCUGCAGCAACUGCAGCACAUGCAGCACCAGUCUCAGCCUUCUCCCCGGCAGCACUCGCCCGUCACCUCACAGAUCACGUCCCCCAUCCCCGCCAUUGGCAGCCCCCAGCCAGCCUCUCAGCAGCACCAGCCUCAAAUCCAGUCGCAGACUCAGACUCAAGUGUUACCGCAGGUCAGUAUUUUCUAAGGUGCGCGAGGCACACGGAUCUGAGUGAGGCGUAGGAGGGAAGGCGCAUGGACUGGAACUUGCAAGUUGACUCUGGUUAUGCAAGAAUGUGUAACAGAUCAAGAGAUCCUCUCAAGUGUCUAUUAGAUAGGCAAUAAGAACUGCAGUGUAGCUGGGAAGCAUCUUUUAGCCGACUAUACAUCACUUUGUUUUGAAACAAGGAAGCUGCGCUCUGUCAUGUGCUGCCUUUUUUAUUUAUUCAGGCUAAACCUACAAUAUGUGAAUCAACCCGUUUAAUGAAUCCUGGGACAUGCUGAUGACUGUAAACUGGCCUUUCCGAGUCAUAGAAAAAAAAAAGAUGGCCUUAUUUCUCCAGAAGUGAGUGAACCACACUUCCAGGCUAUUUGAACUUCUGAAGCCCUAAAAUAAAUAACUAAGUACAAAGCACAGUUGUAACUACCUGAAAUAUGAAGAUCCAGUUUCAUACAAACAUUUGUAUGAUGUGAAUAGUUGAUGGCAUUUUUUUGUCAUGAAAAAAAAAUAAUGUAAAUCACAGACUUUUGCCAAAGCUCUUAUUUUUUUUCUAAAUCUCUCCAGAAAAAAAUUGCAAGUGAUUAGAUUCAAUUAUUGAUUUAUUUACUUCUACUUUGUAUCCAUGACUUCUCCGAAUCAAACCACGGUAUAUGUUGUGACAAUAUCUAUGGCCACUGUUAGCCCAUUAUGUUCAUUCCAAUUAGAAGAAAUGUGAAUACUAUAUUACGUGUUUUGAGUGACGAGUUUGGGAAAAUAAAAACACUGUAUUUUUAAAAGGGAAAUGCACUUAAAUGAAAACAGUUAUUACAAAAGUUAAGAUUUAAAAAAAAGAAAAAGCAAGAGUUUUUAUUAUGAUGUAAUACCGGUAGAAUAUUGAAUAUUUAAAAGGCACACUACAUCUGAUAGUCAAUGUAAAUAUUUUCUUUCCAAGUUGUAAGUUUUCAUAUCAUGUGUUGUAAAGUUUUCCUAAACGAGGCUUUAACGUAAACACUGGUGACAUAAACCAUUCAUUGCUACCUUGCUUAUUGUGUUUUUACGCGGUUUUAUACUUUUUUUAUGAGUUAUGAUAGCAGCAAUUACGUUGUUUGUAUUUUGCUUAACUAAAACAAAAAUGCUUUUAUCUUGCUAUAGAAUAAACACAUUUCAGUAAAAUCUGUGGACUGUAUUUUGAUGCAACCGCAAGGACACUGUUCACUUUUCAAAUAAAAUGGAAUGUCAAAUUUUA